GUCAUCAGCCUGAGAGACUACAACCUUAAUCGCGCCAGGUGAAGCAUUUGCGGUAAUUAGGACUCUGCUUGACCAGUCACCGAGUGCAGGUGCCGAGGUCAGCCUUCCGUGCUUUGACAAACCUGUGAAGCGUCAGAAGCUAUCCCAGUUGCUGCCGUCCAUCAGCGAGGCUAGUGGGAGUAGUGGGAUCCGUGAGAGCAUCGAACGAUAUUAUGACAUCGCCAGUAUGUUAGGUCCCGACUUGGAGAUGGCGCGUGCUGUGGCUAGCCAGGUUGCUCGAUCUAUUCCUACUUUGAGUUAUUUCAGCUGAUUCUUGCUGCGGCAUUCUGCAUUAAUAAAAUUCUUUUUAUUUCUGACAAAUAAUAUGUUCUAGUAUAAUAUAAAGUCCAAUGACAUACACACCUGAACAGUAUCAACUGCACAAGGAGCGCAUCAGAGCCGCUCAGAAGCGCUACUACCUGAAGACGCGCGAGACUCGCUUAGCGUACCAGAAAGGCUACGACGAUAAGAACAGAGAUUACAUUCGUUCCAGGAAGCGAAAGCCAAAAGACGAACUUAACGAAAGUGUCGAAAGGGAACCUAACACCGAAACCGAACUUAGCUAAUUAAUUUUUUUUUCGCAGAUAAAAAGUCAAUCUUGAUAUAGCUGAUGCAUAACAUAGACAACAC